AUGCAACUACUCGCUUUUCUCUACUUCUACUUGAAUUUUAUCGAAUUAUCUGAGUCAUUGAAUCCAAAAAGACAGAAAUUCUUUGGGAAAUCGUCGGAACAAGUACAAAUUCGUCACAAUUUAACGGAGAAUUGCUCGGGUUGUUUGCCGGUUUCGAACACGAAGUUGAAGAGAGCGCCGCCCAUAUUUCAAGGUCCUACAAACGAUCGUCAACAAGCAAUUGUGAAAGCAUUCCAGCAUGCAUGGAGUGGCUAUAAGAAGUAUGCAUGGGGACACGACGAGUUGCGACCAGUUUCACAGCGAUUCGACAAUCCGUUCGAGCUCGGAUUGACGAUUGUAGACAGUCUUGAUACAGCGAUUAUAAUGGGAUUAGAGAUAGAAACAAGAGAAGGUUUGGAAUGGAUUCGUAACAGUUUGAAUGUGUCACCUUCGAGAAGUGUGAAUUUAUUCGAAACGACGAUUCGAGUACUUGGGGGUCUAUUGAGUGGAUUUCAUUUGACUGGCGAAGAUAUUCUCCUGGAAAAAGCGACAAAACUCGGUGAUAAUCUGCUCAAAGCAUUCGAAAAAUCCAAAUCACCAAUUCCAAAAAGUGAUGUAAACCUUCAAACCGGCGAUGCGUUCAGCCCGAAUCGUGACUUCUCCUCUCUUGCCGAAGUCACCACGUUGCAAUUGGAAUUCAGAGAUUUGUCGGAUUUAACAGGCAAUAAAAAGUAUGAAGAAGUCACUUUCAAUGCAUCAAAACAUAUCCACAAAACGAAAUGCUUAGAGUACGAUGGUUUGUGUCCGUAUCACAUUGAUUCGAAAGGAGAAUUCAGGAAAACUUCGAUUACUCUCGGAGCUCGUGCCGAUAGUUACUACGAAUAUCUCAUCAAACAAUGGCUUCAGACGAAGAAAUCAAUCGAUUGGCUUCGUGACGACUUCAUUCAAUCGAUGACAGCAGUCAAGAAGCAUUUGUACUGUCAGUCUCAGCCGAAUGGUCUCUGGUUUAUCGGAGAAAUCACUGAAUACAAAGAUUUCUAUCCGAAAAUGGAUCAUCUCGUCUGUUUUCUCUCCGGAUCUCUUGUUCUUUCACAUUUUAACUCUCUCGAUGAAAACAACGAACAUCUGGAAAUGGCGAAGCAAAUCGGGGAUAUUUGUCAUAAAAUGUACGAUAAUCCGACUGGAUUGGGUCCAGAAAUUAUGCAUUUCAAUAUGGAAAACAGUUCGGAUAUAUCGAAAGAAGAUACCUAUGUGAAGAGUCUUGAUGCUCAUUCUCUUCUUCGUCCGGAAGCAAUUGAAGCAUGGUUUUAUCUGUAUCGUGUUACGAAAGACAAGAAGUAUCAAGAGUGGGGAUGGUCCGCAUUUGAGGCGAUCGAAAAGUACGCGAAGAUUGAAACUGGAGGAUACAGCUCAAUUGAUAAUGUUUUGCGAAAGAAGAUUAGAAGACGCGACAAAAUGGAAUCAUUCUUCCCUGCCGAAACUCUCAAAUACCUAUAUCUGCUUUUAUCCGACGAUCAAGAGGUUCUCCCAUUAGAUCGAUGGGUGUUCAACACUGAAGCACAUCCACUCCCGAUUUACAAUUAA